AUGACCACGUAUGCAGUUCUCGGCACCACGGGAAACUGUGGUACGGCUCUCAUCGAUCUCCUCUUACUCACUCCAGAUGCCCGAGUCAAGGCAUACUGUCGGAACAAGAACAAGUUGAUCCAAAAGGUCCCCAACUUAGAUGGAAAUAAACGCGUUCAAGUUUAUGAAGGAAGUGUGUGCGACAUUGAUCUGCUAGUCGACUGCAGUCGUGAUACACGUGCGAUUUUUCACGUUGUCAAUACAAAUGACAACAUUCCAGGAUGUCACAUCGGCUUGGACACGGCAAAAAGCAUUAUUGCUGCGCUGAAGACAAUUAAAGCAAGCAAUUCCAAUAUGUUUUCAGUAAACUUACCUAAGAUUCUCCUCCUCUCUCCGGCACCAUCGACGAACCCUCGACAAUAUUCAUCAAAACCAGGAAUUAUCUCCGUUGAUAUACAGCGUGGGCAAGAGCUCAAUUUGGACCAUGACGAGUCUUUCUUUUCCAAUCUGGAUCUCUCGGAUAGUAUGGUUGAGGCUACAAACGAUAUAGAAAAUAAGUUUGAUAUGAGAAAUGUCAGUGUGGUAAAUGCAAAUGGCUCCGCCAAGUUCCCAUCUGGAGCACCAUACUGUAUUGCGAUUGGGAUUUUGAGACAUUUCUUCCCAUUUUUGCACAAUUAUCUUCCCUCGACGGGUCCUAGUUAA